AUGACUGUCAAGAUCUACGGAGCUGUCCAGGCUGAAUGCACACAGCGCAUCGUAAUGGUGUGCUACGAGCUUAACAUCCCAUUCGAGCUCGUCUUUGUCGAUCUUCCCCACUUCGAGCACAAGAAACCCGAAUGGAUCAACAAUAUGCAGCCGUUCGGACAGAUUCCUGUUCUUGACGAAGAUGGCUUCCGCAUGCACGAGAGUCGUGCCAUCUGCCGUUACCUCACAGAGAAGUUCGGCGAUGGAAAGCUCCUCCCGCGUGAACUCAAGGAACGCGGAAAGUUCGAACAAGCCGCCUCUGUCGAACAAGGUUACUUCAACACACCUGCACACAUCAUUGUCAGGGAGAGACUCUUCAAGAGUGUGAUGAAGCUCCCAAUCGACGAGGAACAAGCUAACGAGGCUGAGAAGACGUUAAGGUCAAAUUUGCAAGGUUAUGAACGGACUUUGAGCAAGCAGAAGUAUCUUGCUGGGGAUGAACUAACGCUCGCAGACCUCUUCCACCUCCCCAUCGGAACUAUAAUCGGGAAAGUCGGCAUCGAUGCUCUGACUUCUCAGGAUACACCUAACGUUGCGAGAUGGUGGAACGAAAUAUUCUCCAGACCAUCUUGGCAAGCCGUUCUUGCCGACCUGGAGAAGGCUGGACCGUUCAAAUUUGAUUGA